UACCAAGCAUCUCCCCUGCUUGCACAACCUAUCCUAUCCUUUCUCCGCCCCACCGCGGACUCCAGUUAGGUAUAUAGCACCUGAUACAUCCAUGAACAUCACAUUACUUCACUACGACCCGCAGUGACCCAUCACUAAGCAACAUGAAAGCCUUCGUUGCGUGCAUAGCCCUCGCGUUGGUAGCGUGCGCAAGCGCCGAGCCCCCGUCCGGCUACAACUACAACCGCCCAUCAGGCGGCGGCGGCUUCAGCGGCGGUUUCAGCGGUGGCUUCAGCGGUGGCCUGAGCGGCGGUGGCGGCUACAGAGCCGUCUCCUCCGGCUACCAGACCUCCGAAGGCCAGAACGUCGACCCCCAACUCCUCGAGCAAGUCCGCCAGAUCCUCCUUAAAGAAGAAUCCUCCUCUUCGUCUGGAUCCGGAUUCGGUGGUGGCGCCAGCGCUCCGUCCUCCUCCUACGGCGCUCCAUCCUCAUCCUACGGUGCCCCGUCCUCCUCAUAUGGAGCUCCAUCCACCAGCUAUGGCGCCCCAUCGGCCCGCGUUGUAGGCAUCAACCUCGAGGGAGUCCGUCAGGCCAUCCAAGUCGCCCAAUUCGAGCAGUCCGGUGGCUCCUCCGGUGGUUACCCAUCUGGACCUUCGUCAUCAUACGGUGCGCCCGCCCGCGCGCCCUCUGGCAGCUACGGCGCCCCCUACUAAGUUAAAUAAAUAACUCCGAACGCCCAUCUCGACGCCUAGUUCGGAAAUUUGUUAUUCGGGCGCGUCUCAACCAACUCCGGGCAGCUCGAAUGUGUAAACCAAUCGGUCGACAGUCACGUACAAUGUAGGUGGUGUCGGCCCGGCCGUGUGCCACCAAGAUCGGCCAACGCUUGCGACUGUGCACGAACACGGGUUAUGAUGCCCCAGCGGCAAGCCAGUCGUCUGUGGCGACAACUCGCUAGGUUCCCUUGCGGAGUUGGUCCCUGAAAGCACGAAGUGGCUUCCCGCUGGGCUCGGCUCAUGUCUUGUAUAAAGUUUAUCAUAAGAUUAGCUUAAUUUAUAGAUAAGUUUUUAUUUUUGUUUACAAAAAAAAAUAAAUAAAUACAUUUUGACACCGUAA